UGCAGAAGGGAUAGAGGAUCUUAGCUAGAGUGCUCGUAGUGCAUCGGACAGCUUGUUUCGAGUCAAAGUGUCCAACUCUUUGCAUUUUAGGAAGCGCUACCGGACUUUGCAUGAGCACACCCAAAACGGAUAUUUAUGGUUUCUGCUGUCAAAGACCAGCAGCUGGCAUCCCGCUGUACCCGAACCCCAGCUGUGGCCUUUUGUAUAUCUUGUCAUGACUUCCCGUUCCCGCCUAAACCCGUACCCUCUCCUCCUUUCCCUACCCCUCUUGUUUUGUGAUUCAAAUAUCAUGCGUGUCUCAUUCACAUUGAAUCACGAAUAGACUGGGCCGUCAGUUCAAGUCUUGCUCCCCAUUUUUGAAGCGCUCUAUUUAAUUACCUGCUCGAAAGCGCAAAGGCUUGCAUAUUUGGUAUUCGGCGCCAGUGCGACGGCUAGCCGCAAGAUGUUUCCUGGCUUCUGUGCCUUUGGUACUGGAGUGCUUGAUCUGAUGUAUAGCGCUAGCCCUUUCCCGCCCAUCCUUUGGAAGUACCCUACGGACCUUGCCCGGUCUAUUCAGCCUUGCCAGGUCUUGCGUCCGUAUCUGGCCCUUGCCCAUGGAGUAGCCCUCCGUCACCCUCCCCACCCUCGUUCCCUGUCUUGCAUGCUUUCUUCCAGAUUAUGCGCUGUGCAUCUCCUGCAACUUGUUAGGGAGUGGCGGCUGUUGAUUUUCCGGACUCUCUCGUCG